AACUUAUGAAUAUUAGUUCAAUUUUGAUUACAUUACGCUAUUAAACAAAAAUGGGAAUUUGUUAACCAAAUUUCUAUUAAAAAUGUGUUAACUUACUUAAUCAUUUUUACCGAAAUCAUCAGUAUAUAUUAAUGAUGUAUUGAGUAUUUUAAAAUCUGUUUGAAAACGUUUAUAUUUAAUUAUUCAUAACGAUUUAUUAAAAAUAUUAACUGAAGUAAUAGUUUAUAAUUGAGAUAAUUUUGCACUCAAUCAAAAAUAUCCAUGUCCUCUUUACCAACAAUUCAGCAAAAUAAUGUCGUGGUGAAAGAAUUAUUUGUGUCUUCUAAAACACCAAUACAGUGUCAUUUAACUCGCGCAGCAAAGCAUCUCGAGUUAGAUAACUCAGUUUUAAUACUGAAUGGUCUUGGAAAAGCAAUCAAUACAACUAUUGAUGUUGCUUUGAAACUUCAACAAAAAUUUCACAAUACAAUAAAACUUGAGGUACAAACAUCUACUGCUGAUAUAAAUGAUAUUUUAGAACCUUUAAAUGACGACGACGAUUACGAAUCAAGAAAGCGUUCAUUAUCUGCUAUUCAUAUAAAAAUUACCAAAUAAAAUGCUUUUUGCAUUGCAAGAAUUGGUGAGAUGGCUUGGGCUAACUAUUUUCGAGAUGAUCCUACAAAAAUGUUGGCAGUGUUUGAUUUUGACCAUACUAUUAUAGAUGACAACUCUGAUGUCAUAGCAAGAGAUUUACUUCCUUUAGACAAAAUAGAAAAUCUAAAAAAAUUCUCAAAAGAUUGGACUCAAUAUAUGCAACAAGUAUUUAAUGCACUUUAUGAUAUGGGAAUUACUCCAGAAGAAAUAAUUAAUUCUAUAGCAAAUGCACAAGUUAAUAAAGGAUUCCCAAAAUUAUUGAGAUCACUCUAUAACAACCAUUUUGAUAUAAUUAUUGCUUCAGACUCUAAUUCGAUUUUUAUUGAAACCUGGUUAAAACAAAACAAAUUAGAUAAUUUAAUCAUGGACAUACAUACAAAUCCAGCAAAAAUUGAAGAUGGCAUUAUUAAAAUAAAACAAUAUACAACACGAACUGAAUGUGAUAAUUGUACAAAAAAUAUUUGUAAAGGUAUUAUUUUAGAAGGUUAUAAAUUAAAAAUGAAUCAAUUUUAUAAAAAAACGUUAUAUUUUGGUGAUGGUAAAAAUGACUUCUGUCCAGUUGUGAAGUUAAAUAAAGAUGAUAUAGUAUUUCCAAGGUACGGAUAUGUUCUGUAUAAUUUAUUAAAAACUAAAUCUAUUCAAGCUGAAAUAAUUCCAUGGAGUGACAUGAACAAUAUUUAUGAAUAUUUAAAAACAAAUAAUUUAAUCAAAUAGCAACAGAUAUUACACAUUAGAUAAAAACUAAAACAGAAAAGUGCUAAAAUAAUAAACUUAUAUUACUAUUUCUGUAUAUAAACAAAAAAGUUAUUCAUUAAUAAUAAAUUUCAAUUUAAUGAAAUUUAAUUUGAGAAUCAAUUAAUAACUUUUGUAAUUUAUUAUUAUAUAAAAACAAU